AACUGUGACCUUCUCAGGCACUGCUGCUGGGCUGCAAGUCUGCAUUGGGAAGUCAGACCUGGACAGCAGUAUGCCUUCCUCAGGGGCCCUGAAGGACCUCAGCUUCAGUCAGCACUUCAGGAUGAUGGUGAUUUGCAUAGUGCUCCUGCAGGUGCUCCUGCAGGCUGUGUCUGUGGCUGUGACUUACAUGUACUUCACCAACGAGAUGAAGCAGCUGCAGGACAAUUACUCCAAAAUUGGACUAGCUUGCUUCUCAAAGACGGAUGAGGAUUUCUGGGACUCCACUGAUGGAGAGAUCUUGAACAGACCCUGCUUGCAGGUUAAGAGGCAACUGUAUCAGCUCAUUGAAGAGGUGACUUUGAGAACCUUUCAGGACACCAUUUCUACAGUUCCAGAAAAGCAGCUAAGUACUCCUCCCUUGCCCAGAGGUGGAAGACCUCAGAAAGUGGCAGCUCACAUUACUGGGAUCACUCGGAGAAGCAACUCAGCUUUAAUUCCAAUCUCCAAGGAUGGAAAGACCUUAGGCCAGAAGAUUGAAUCCUGGGAGUCCUCUCGGAAAGGGCAUUCAUUUCUCAACCACGUGCUCUUUAGGAAUGGAGAGCUGGUCAUCGAGCAGGAGGGCCUGUAUUACAUCUAUUCCCAAACAUACUUCCGAUUUCAGGAAGCUGAAGACGCUUCCAAGAUGGUCUCAAAGGACAAGGUGAGAACCAAACAGCUGGUGCAGUACAUCUACAAGUACACCAGCUAUCCGGAUCCCAUAGUGCUCAUGAAGAGCGCCAGAAACAGCUGUUGGUCCAGAGAUGCCGAGUACGGACUGUACUCCAUCUAUCAGGGAGGAUUGUUCGAGCUAAAAAAAAAUGACAGGAUUUUUGUUUCUGUGACAAAUGAACAUUUGAUGGACCUGGAUCAAGAAGCCAGCUUCUUUGGAGCCUUUUUAAUUAACUAAAUGACCAGUAAAGAUCAAACACAGCCCUAAAGUACCCAGUAAUCUUCUAGGUUGAAGGCAUGCCUGGAAAGCGACUGAACUGGUUAGGAUAUGGCCUGGCUGUAGAAACCUCAGGACAGAUGUGACAGAAAGGCAGCUGGAACUCAGCAGCGACAGGCCAACAGUCCAGCCACAGACACUUUCGGUGUUUCAUCGAGAGACUUGCUUUCUUUCCGCAAAAUGAGAUCACUGUAGCCUUUCAAUGAUCUACCUGGUAUCAGUUUGCAGAGAUCUAGAAGACGUCCAGUUUCUAAAUAUUUAUGCAACAAUUGACAAUUUUCACCUUUGUUAUCUGGUCCAGGGGUGUAAAGCCAAGUGCUCACAGGCUGUGUGCAGACCAGGAUAGCUAUGAAUGCAGGUCAGCAUAAAAAUCACAGAAUAUCUCACCUACCAAAUCAGAGUGGGUGUGCCCCUGUGUGUAUAUGCGUGUCUGUGUGUGUGUGCAUGUAUGUGUGUGUGUGUGUGACUGUUCUUUAUGGUAACUGGUUAUGUUUUUCUCAAGUGAAAAACAUAACUCUAUACAUGAUAACAUAAUAUCCCAUCAUCAGUGGAACCUUGCCCAAAGAAUGUAUGAAAUCUCCAGGCAAUGAAUGAGGGCAGCCCAAGAAAGAGGCCCGCAGAGCCAUACCACAGGGCUGCCCCACCCUGCUGGAGCUCAGAUCCUGCCACUGCUGCAGGCCCUGGGUACCAGGUGUAGAGUUGGAGGAGGUCUUGCCUGUGGGUCUAGGUCUUUGGUGCCUACCUCCUUGAUAUGGCCCCAGUCCUCCUUUGCUUGUUUGCUAGUUUUAUCAUGUUUCCCAGGCCGGCCUCAAGUCCAAUAUGUAGUCAAGAGUGAUCUCUAACUGUGCAACCUCCUGCCUCCAAGAUCUGCUGAGAUUAUAGGCAUGUGCCCCCCUGUCUGAUUUGUGUAGAGCCAGGCUUCUUGUACAUGUGACAACCAUGCCACCCUCAGCUCUGUCCCAGCUCCAUUUCUUCCUUUCUGAAUGCAAGCAUUUACUUUGUGUCCCUAUAUUCUAGAAUGUGCAACAGUGAAGAAUUUGCUCUGACUUUCAGGAUAAAGUUUGAACUAGGUUCACCAUGCUUGCUUUGUCCAGAUUGCGACUGUCACCCAGUCCUCUGGCUCUUCCAUCUGUCUGUCCACUCCACCUACCAAGAUGUUGAACACUUGUUCUUUUUAAGAUGUUGGUGCCUGGAGUUUCAUUAGAGUAACACAAAACUAACUAAAACCAAACAACUCCAAAGGAGCCCAUAUGUGUUUUAAUGAAACAUUUUUUAAGCCUAUUGGGGGCCUGAAGAGAUUGCUCAGAGGAAAACAGCACUUCCAGAGGACCCAGGUUCAAUUCUCAUCGCUGAUGUGAUAGUUAACAGCUGUAACUUCAGUUCCAAGGGGUCUGACUUUCUGCCCUUUGCUUGCAAUGCAUGUAUGUGAUACACAGACAUACAUUCUGACAAAAUAUAUCCAUACACAAAAGUAUUUUUUUAAAAGCUUAUUUGAAUGUAAGAGUAUGGCUAGCUGUCACUUCUGAUACCCCUUCUUAUUUUUUUAUGACUCAAGCCCUUAUAAACUAGCAAAUAGAAGUCACAGCUACCACUUGAAUAUAAGCACUUGAAUACCUCCUCUCACUAGAAUACAACAUAGCUUAAUAGUAAAAAUCUUGCCUUAGUAAAGUACUUGCAUGUCAUGUCUACAUGAACCAAAUGAAUGUAUUAAUUAAUAAUAGACAUAAUGAUCACAUCGGAAAGGCUGUGAGAAAUAAUGGAGAACAUUUGAAAGCUCAAGAUGGAAGGGAAAGGCACUUGUCAAAAAUCUUGACAACCUGAAUUUGACCUUUGGCAGGGCUGAAAACUAAACCCAGGGUCUUACUCCCAGUAGGCAUGAACCCCCACACUGAGCGGCACCACAGCCCUAAGGUUUUAAAUGGCAGAAACAACUGAGCGCUUUUCUAAUUCCUGGUCCCCAAGUCAUCACUGAUGGCAAAAUUCACAGCACUUCAUCUUGUCUGCCAAGCUGGCAAGCGAAAUGGUGUCUGAUUUCUUUUUUGUUUUUUUAAAGAUUUAUUCAUUAUUAUAUCUAAGUACACUGUAGCUGUCUUCAGAUGCACCAGAAAAGGGCGUCAGAUCUCAUUACGGAUGGUUGUGAGCCACCAUGUGGUUGCUGGGAUUUGAACUCAGAAACUUCAGAAGAGCAGUCGGUGCUCUUAACCACUGAGCCACCUCUCCAGCCCCAGUGUCUGAUUUCUAAUGUUUGUGUUGAACGUAUACAUUCUUUGUCUGCUGUUAAUUCUAUAGUAAUCUCCUGUGAAAGAUUUUAUAACGCCCAGGCCUGGAUUCAACCACAAUCCAACAGGAUCGGAAUCCUGGGGUGGUGCUCAGAGAUCUUUUUGUGCGUGCAUUUUAGUUUUUUAAAGUAAUUAGCAGGCAGCCUGCAGGACACAUCUUUGCCAAAAUGUCAAAUGCUGUGACUUAUAAAUUAAAUAUUUAAGAAUGCAGCAUACCCAGAGAAAUCAUUAGAUGUUCAAAGAUUUAAUUCGUGUGCAACAUUAAAUGCCAUGACUUGUUUAAACAAGCACACCUAAAUAUUCUUUCUUCUGCUAGAAUCUGAAGCCUGUGAUGCAGGAAGCAAGAAUGGAGAGAAUAUUCUAGAAUAAGAACUUUCUGGGCGAUUGUGAGCCCUUUAAUAAAAGGCAUGAAUACUUAUCUGUUUGAAAGAGAAAUCAAUUUGGGGUGGGGGCGGGGGUUGUCCUUUCUUUGCUGAGUUCUAGCCCAACAAGCCAUCUGACUUGAAGACUAAGACGAGCCUGCCACCUGGGCAAGCACAGGGACAAUGAUCCCAGGGCAGAGGCCAGCUCUGCUGUUUUGAGAAGUGUCUAGGCAAAAGCUUUCUUUCUUUUUUUUUUUUUUUCAGACCAAAAGGGGCCUCUUUAAUGUCACACACCAUUAGUGCCACCAGGUGGCGAGGUUCCCUUAAUUUCUUCAGUAUCAAGUCUUUUAAAAGUGUAUGAGUAUAAACAUCUUCAAAUUCUCGGGUUUAAAAACAAAAUCAAAAAUGAAAAAAGGUCGCUUACCUUUAGACCAUAGGCAACUGGAGCUAAAGACAAGAGAUAAGCUGGUGUACCCCGAUGGAGCAGCAGGCUUUAACUGAAUCUGUGAGGAACAGGGUGGGGCUUCACAUGGUAAAACUGAAUCUGAGGUGUGUUCUUUUGCCUGUUUGGGUUGUUGCUGUUGUUACUGCUUUGUUUUGUUUUUUUGUUUUUAAGUGAAACAGAAUUUAAGUCUUUUGGAAGACUUUUGUAAAUUCUCUUGGUCCCAAGGGAGGGCUCUGUGACGUCUGGAGUCUCAACAGUUUGGUCUUUGCCCUGUCUCCUGUUAUUAUAGACUGUGGCCUUUGCCACUCCAUCACUGCCUACUGUUUUUCUUGGAGACAGGGUCUCUCCCAUUACGGGCAGCCAGCAGUGCCCUGAGAGUCUCUUGACAUGUGGCCAUGAAGGCUUUUUACAAGGAUGCUGGGGAUUUGAACCCGGGUUCUCAUGCUUGAGCCAUAACUGCUCUUACCCUAGAACUGUCUCCCCAGUCCAAUCACUGCUACUAUUUUUUUUUCUUGGCAAAUCAAUUCAGUUCUUUAGUUUUCUUUCAAGUAUUGUUUUACCUAUUUAUCAUAUUUAUCACUUUCAUUAUCAAUGUUAGAAAUUUUGUUUAGCCAGCCUUUUUACUUAUUCUUGAAAUAAAGGGUUAAAUAGAUAUUUUUUCAGUUGUGAGACAUGAAAAUCUUAGAAAGAAUUUUUCUUUUCUUUUUCCUUUCAUUUUAAUAGCAGUGAAUCUAGAAAGAGAAUUAUUUUUCAUGGUGAUUAUUUCAAAUGUAUUGAUACCAUUUUGUGGGCUGGGAAAUGUUAAACUUUGUAAACUCUGAAACGCACAAAGUGUUGCUUUGAAUUUCACCUUAAUAAAAAUAACAUCAAGUA